UUCAACCUUAACCCUAACCCUCACAAGAAUGUUAACUAACCUGGACUUGCACCACUAAAAUUAGCCAAAAUGCUAAUGUUAGCGUGAAUGCUGUCAGUAGCAUGCGGGGUAUCAGUAGCAUGUUGUCUUACAUGGACUUGCUCCAUUCAGUGCGUUAAACAUGUCUAAUAAAUAAGUAAUAUAUCUAAUAGCUUAUUUUAUGGAAAAUGCUAAUGCACUAGUGGGGGGUGUAGGGAAUAUUAUUAUAUUAAUAGUUAAAAGUUAUGUUAAUUGGUUGGUUUGCACUAAAAUAUGUUUUAAUCUAAAAUAAAUGUAUUGUUUCAAAUAGACUGGGUCAAUCUGACCUAGAAGUCAGGAAGGAAUUCAGAUUUGGAGAGAUGUGGAAUAACAAUCACUAAAGAGAGGCAAUACCUUUCAUGGCGUUGCUAUUCGCGUAGGAAAGCUGGCGCCGUUAAAGGUCAAUUCAAACUAAACUCUUUCCCUUGCUUACAUGCGAAGCACAAAUUUGGACCAAAUAUCGCUUAGGAAGCAAGAUGUUUGGAUAGAUAAGUAUAACAAUUGUGAUGAGUUAGCUUAUUCGGCAAGCCUGAAAUGGAGCAGAUGUGAGGUCAAAAGGGUUUGAACAUUUCCAAGGAACUUCCAAUACAUAUCCAGUGUGAAAUGGAGCCAGAUGACUACGCAAAUGGAGGAGAGCAACGCCAUUGGUCAAAGCUUCCCAAUACACACCAGUAGAGCUGGGACUCUAUAAUAACCUGAUGUCAGAAGUAGAAGUUAAGAGAUUUUGGAUUACUGUGACAAUGUGUAUGUGAUGUUGUAGAUCCGAAAUCUGAAAAUCUCUUCUCGUUCGACUAUGAGCAGACGGAAUUCCGAGUCUUGUGUAAAUCUUUAUUUAUAUAUAAUUGUGAGUUUAGACACCUAUAAAUUCUCCCACAAAAUGGUGACCCCGACGUGCCGAUUGAGCCGAUUCAAACUUGAGGGGAAUGAAAAGGUGUCUCUCUCCAGGCUGGCUACAGAACAGGGAUCCGGGCCCAGACACAGAGAAAGAGUCAAACACCACAUCCUCUACGCCUCCACCGCUACGUCAUUCGAGGCAAAAGGCCAGGAGCUGCUGCAAGAAGGACGCAGCUCAGAGCCAAAGGAGGAAGGAAAGGGGGGCUUAGACUGAAAGCUGCAACAUGGGCGAUCUAAAGAAAAACAGGGCCCACAAUUUUCAACAUAUUACUGUUCAGUUUAAGUGAAACAGGAUAAGGAAUUUAAAUUAAGGGAAAUAUAAUUAAGUAAAACAGCUAAAGUAGGCAAAGGGCUGACAAUAGUUUCCAUAGUUAUUAAUCAAUGGAAGAUAAUAUUCUAGGAGGAAUUGGCAUUAAUUAUUAACAAGCACAGGUGACACGGUGAAUCAGUGCAGUGAUAACAAUAAUAAGGUUUCUGAAAAACAUAUUUUAGACAGGAUGGUAUAUGUUAAAAGCAUUGUAAUGAUACUUAUUCCCCUUAAAGACUAUAGUUAAUAAAUAGAUGUAAUUGGUUUGUUAUUGGGAGACCUCUGCAAUCUAAAACAAAAGCAACUAUACAGAUAAUGCUACAAUUAUAACUAAUAAAAGUGGAUGUGGUGGUAAAUAAGAUUUAAUUAAAACGAGUGAUUUGGUUAUAGGAAAAUAAAAUAACCCACUUCAAAUAAUCACAUUAUUAAUCAUUAAGUGGUGGAUCUGUCAGCCAUGGAAGAGUUGCACAUGACAAGAUUGGCACUAAAGGAGGAGUGUCAAUGAAGCUGCUGGCUGGUGACAUUAUAACCUCACAGCAUGUCAACAUGGAGAACCAAAACUCAUCUCCACAGCAGAAAUCUGCAUGGACCAUGGAGCACUGGCACAACGCCUGCUCUAACACGAAGCAACGAAUGACGCUCAGACCAGCAACAACAAAGGCUGAGCACAGGAAACGGUGUAAGAAGAGGAGAGAGUCAGCAAAGAAAGCUGCCUCUGAAUUGGAGACUCUGAGUAAUGAAACGGUUUCAGAGGCGAACAGAGAACAUCAAGGCAUUCCAGUACCAGAACCAGUUGGUGAUCAGAGAGCUAAAAAUGAGAUAUACUCAAUUGAAACGAUCAUCGGUAAACUUCAUCAGGUGACAGAAGAAGAAACGAUUUGCACAACACAGCAAGGUGAGGACCAACGAGACGAGAGAAAAGCAACCAAAAAAUCUAAACGCAAGAACCAGAGAAAGGCAGCGAUGAAAGCUGCCUGUGAAUUGGAAACAGUCAACAAAGAGAAAGUUUCUGUAAAAAACAAGGAACAAGAAGAAGUUUCAAUGCUGGAAAUAGUCAAGGAUCAGAGAGCCUCCAUCAUUAUUGAGGUUCAUAAAAAUAAAACAGUGAUUGAUAAACUGCAGCAGGCGACUGAAGAUGAAAUGGUCCCUGAAAAACAACCAAUUGGGGAUCAGCAGGUUGAGAAAAGACCAUUGACCAAAUCAAAAUGUAAGAAAAAGAGAAAGACAGCAGUGAAAUCUGAAAUGGAAAACAAUUCAAACCCAAUAGUGACUGAUCAAAACUUGGUCCAAAACACAGAGACACCAAAACCUGAUGUAGAAACAGCACCAGAGAUCCCACAGACGGCUUUACAGCAAAUAGAGAUAAAACCAGUCAUAGUUUCAGAAGAUGUAGCAGAUAAGGAUCCUGUAGUUCUUACAAAAAAACUGAGAACAUCGCCUCCACAGACAAAGGUUACUGUAAAUGAAGAUCGAAUCCAGAGACCUCAGCAAUCAGAGACUCAACCAGCUGAAGAGUCAGAUGAACAGAACAAAGUCUCUGAAGAAGAAGAGAGCCCCAAGACAAAGAUUUCACUGUGGAGGCGAAUCAAAAAGGCUUUGACUCCAUCCUGUCUGCACCAGUUUAAAGGCAGAAGUAAAGGCCAUCCAGCGUAGACAGCACUUUAUGUCUCCAGAUUAUCAGAUUUAAAUGACUGGAGGGGCCAGGUGUGGGUUGGGUGAUUGGUGGGAUUUGGAAAAAGAGCUACAGUUGUUGUUAAUUGGAAAUUUCAAUAUUAAAAAGCCAGGACUGCACGGUGGGAAACGUCUCCCUGUGUAGAUGUGGGUUCACUCCGGGUGCUCCGGCUUCCCCCACGUUCAACAUCAGUACUCAUGUUCAUCCAUUGGAAGAGUUUUAUUUCUAAUUCUAAUCAGAAAAUAAGAAAACCACUUUUAAUAAUUAAUGGGAGAUUUGUAAAAAGAAAAUGCAAAAAACAUGGAACAAAAAGAGACUUUUAGAAGUCUAAACUUAUACAAAUUGGAAAACAAAUUGAAAACUAGCUAUCUUUCUGGGCAAUAUAUAUAUAUAUAUACAGUGAUGGCAUAGUUACUUUGAAA